CUUGCUAUAAGCAAUUACAAUCCAGAAGCAUCAGUUCCCACCAUGUCUGCUGUUUGGAGUCGCUCCUAACAAGAUGCAUACAGAGCAUUGAGAAUAUCUGCACUACAGUAGCACAGCCUCAUCCAAGGAAUAUUUUCUUACGUUUGCUUUUUUUAUUAUCAGUAUUUUUACAUUAUUAUUAUUUUUAUUUAUUUGUGGACAUCAAAGAGCCAUGAGCUUAAGUCAUGGAUACCGGGCAUCUUGGUGGACGUACAUUCUUCACCAGGUGCCACAUACCAAUUUCCAGUUUGAAGUGGUGGAUAGCAACUUUGCCCCCCAGGACUGGAACUACCAGCAGGCACUUCUUUUCUUAGCCGGCAUUGCAGGACUCUGCCUAGCCAUCAGCCUUGUCUUAAUCUGUGUAUAUUUAAUCAGAUUCUGCUGCUGCAGCUCUCAGGAAGAAGAUGAUUCUAAGAGCAAUCGUGUCUGCUGUAUCACCUGGAGCUGUGUAGCAGCUGUCAUCAUAUGUUGUGCUGGCAUUGGCAUCGGUUUCUAUGGAAAUAGUGAAACUAAUGAUGGUGUCUAUCAAGUGACCUACUCUCUUAUGAAUGCCAACCACACAUUGACCUCCAUUGACUUGCUGAUUUCGGACAUGGUGCAACUUCUCAGUUCCGUCGUAAAGAGCGACCUAACUCAGCUGGAAGAGAUUUUUUCUAAGCGCACAGAUUUUUUGGUAAUUGUUCGGAACACCAGGCGGGAAGUAGAGUCCGUGGCCCAGAACUUGGCAGAGAUCUCCUUCUGGAAGGGGGCUGAGCUGAAUCCAAAUUUUGUGGCUGAGCAAGUUAAUUUCAUUGAGGAUUAUAGGUGGCUGGCUUAUAUUCUGUUGCUGCUUUUGGAUCUGAUUAUUUGUCUAUUCACCUUACUCGGCCUCGCCAAGCAGAUCAAGUGGCUUGUUAUUGUAAUGACCGUGGUGAGCUUCUUUGUGCUAUUACUCAGCUGGGGAUCCAUGGGACUGGAAAUGGCCACAGCUGUGGGCCUGAGUGACUUUUGCUCUGAUCCAGAUGGAUAUGUGUCGAAUCAGACCCAGGUCAUCUCAAACAUUAGCCCAGAUAUAUUGCAGUAUUAUAUCUCAUGUAACCAGGAUGUAUCAAACCCCUUCCGACAGAGGUUGACCAUGUCACAGAGGGCUCUCUCGAAUAUUCACCCUCAACUUCAUGGACUGGAAAGGGAAGCUAUACCUCAAUUUCCAACAGCAGAGAAAAACUUGCUAGUGGUCCAAGCCAUGCUGAAUACCACCGAGGGGAAUUUCCACCACCUUGUAGCACUGUUAAAUUGUCGUGGGCUCCAUAAGGACUAUGUGGAUGCCCUGAAAGGUCUCUGUUAUGACGGCAUGGAAGGCGUCUUGUUUCUGUUACUAUUUUCUUUCCUCUCGGCUUUAUCCUUUACUGCAGCUGUGUGCAGCCUUCCCCGUGCGUGGAAACGCUUUCAGAACAGGGACCUGGAUUAUGACGAUAUGGAUGAGGAUGACCCGUUUAACCCUCAGGCACGUAGAGAGAUGCUGCGCACGGCGGGCAGGCCUCACCUGCCCAGUUUCUAUAGUUACAGCAGUAGCUGCGGCAGCCACAACAGCCUGCGGGUCUUGGCCCCGCCUAUUUCCAACGCCCCCGUCUCACAGUACAUGAAUCAAAGCGGUUUGUUCAGUGGCAAUCCUCGAUUUGAAAAUGUACCCUUGAUUGAAAGGCAGUCCCCGCCCCCUUCGUACUCUCCUAGCAUGCGAACAUCCUUCAUCAGUGCAACCCAGGAAGACUCUGAAACACAUUGCCGGACAGACGUUGUAUCCUAGAUGAUUCCUUUUGCUCUCCUGAUUGUCCCUCCAUUCUACAGAGACGACUAACAGACACAAAACAAAGACUGAGCUGUUGUGCUCUUAACCUUUUUGGCAAGGAGUGUUGGGUGCUAAGACUCAUUCAGCUUUCCCUUGCUUGGUAUUAAACCCUCUUUUACCCUCCUGUGCAGGCAGAGUAACUUUCUCUGAUUUGUCCCACUGCCUACAGUUUUAUAUCUUUUUGUAUUGGUUAAUGUUCUUUUCACCCUGCCACACUUUCCAUAUUUCUAUUACCAUCAGUACCAUGCAUUGGAUCUACCAACUGGCUUCCAAAGGGGGCACCACGGGGAGUCUGUACAGGAGGAUUUAUAGAAAAUGGCAUACAGUAGAAGAGCCAAAGUGGUGAGAAGUUCACUGCUCAGAGACAAUGCUGUUACAGACAAGAGGAAUGGAUAUCACCAGAUAGAUUCAUGGCCUUCUAUCUAACAGCCAGUUAACCAGACAAGUUAAGGAUGUAGAUACAAAUGGCACCGACUGGCGUGAGGAGUACAUGCUGUGGUGUGAGCGCGAUGUGGCAGUGACAUGGACGUAGAGUGAGUUCUUAAGCUAAGGACCAAGGACAGUGCUGCUGCAAAACUUUUUCCUCCAGAGAUGGAUAUGUUUUUAAUUAGAACGUUUUAGCACUAACUCAUAUUUUACAUUGACUUGAAAUAAAAAGGGAAAAAACAAA